UGCAUGCGGCUGAACCAGUACAAGCUCCAAAGUGAGAUCGGCAAGGGCUCCUAUGGGGUAGUGAAACUAGCCUACAAUGAAGACGACGAUAAGUAUUAUGCAAUGAAAGUGGUGUCGAAGAAGAAGCUGAUGAAACAAUGUGGAUUCCCCCGACGUCCACCUCCCCGAGGCCCAAAAGCAGCUCAGGGGGAGCAGCCUAAAGUUCUGGGCCCGUUGGAGCGAGUCUACCAGGAGAUCGCCAUCCUCAAGAAACUGGACCACCUCAACAUAGUCAAGCUGGUGGAGGUUCUCGAUGACCCGAGCGAGGACAAACUGCACAUGGUGUUUGAGCUGAUGCAGAAGGGACCUGUGAUGGAGGUACCCACGGACAGCCCCUUCACUGAGGAGCAGACGCGUCUCUAUUUUAGGGACAUGGUCCUCGGCAUUGAGUACCUGCACUACCAGAAGAUCGUCCACCGGGACAUCAAGCCGUCCAACCUGCUGCUGGGCGACGACGGCCACGUCAAGAUCGCCGACUUUGGCGUCAGCAACCAGUUUGAGGGCAACGACGCGCUGCUCUCCAGCACGGCCGGCACGCCGGCCUUCAUGGCGCCCGAGACCCUCUCGGACGUGCGCAAGAGCUUCAGUGGGAAGGCUCUGGACGUGUGGGCCAUGGGAGUGACCCUCUACUGUUUCGUCUUUGGGAAGUGCCCCUUCAUUGAUGAAUACAUCUUGGCGCUUCACAACAAAAUCAGGAGUAAGCCUGUGGAGUUUUCUGAAACGCCAAUCAUUAGUGAAGAGCUGAAAGGCCUCAUCCUAAAAAUGUUGGACAAGAAUCCAGACACCAGGAUCACAAUACCGGAGAUCAAACUGGACGCGUGGGUGACGCAGAAGGGAGCAGACCCGCUGCCCCUAGAGGAGGAGCACUGCUCCGCUGUGGAGGUGACCGAGGAGGAGGUGCAGAACUCUGUCAAGUGUGUGCCCAGCCUGUCUACUGUGAUCCUGGUCAAGUCCAUGCUGAGGAAGCGGUCGUUUGGGAACCCCUUUGAGUGCCCGAGCAGGAGGGAGGAGAGGUCCAUGUCCGCCCCUGGAAGCCUAUUAAUGUGAGUGUGCUGACCCAUCUCAUUACUGCUCAACCCCAAGCCCCUGGGAAUCAUACACACACACACACACACACACACACACACACACACACACACACACACAUAUAUACAGUAUAUAUACAUACGUUGAAACAAACAUACACACAUACAAACACACAUACACACAAGGUGUCUAAGGUGGGGUCUCCACUUCCCAGUGGUGAUCUGAAGAAGACCUGUAUUCACACAGCAUCACUGCCACACACACACACACAUGAACGCUCACAUAGACACACGCAGGCACACACACACACACACCUUUGGAAUUCCAGCCAUCCCCUACCUGUAGUCUAUUGUAUUCUUAGUCUAUUUCCAUUGGCUCUGUGUGAGAGAGCUUCUCAUUCCUCCAGUCCAGUCCAGUCCACUCCAGCACGAGCUCUGUCCAUCAUCUAAUGCUCCCUCCUGACCACAGCUCUCACAGCUGGACCAGCUACGAGUCGAGUACAGCCGUGCCGCUGAUUUGCGUUUCCAUGGCACCUUGACUCCCUGACAUUUUUUUUUUUUUUCACGGAGAAGCCGAGAGAGACGUUGUGCGAGACGAGUCAUUUAUUUUCUUGUCGCCAGCGCUUUGCACCAUUUCCAUUUCCGU